AGAAAAUACGGGUCACCGUAAAAGAGUUUCACGCACCAUAUAGAGCACACAGGAAUGAUUUUUAAAAAUGGAUUCUCAGAUGAUAUCAUAAAGAAAUAUAAAGACAAAAGCAGCGCUGUUGAGUUUUCUCAAGAUGGCGAUUCCUUUCAGUGCACUUACCACUUUGGUAACAGAGUCAUUACAAACAAUUUCACCAUUGGACAAGAGACUGAAUUUGUAUCUUUCACAGGGCAUAAAGUUAAGGCUUUGGCCAAACUGGAAGGUGAGAAUAAGCUCGUUGUCACAAUGGACGGGUUGACUGUAGUCAUGGAGAUGAGUGGAGACCGAAUAAUUGAAACUUUUACCAAUGGAGAAGUUACCUUCAAGAAAAUUAGCAAAAGAAUAUAAAGUACAUGAAAUGAAAUUAAAUGAAGCCUGAACUGCACUGUGUUAAUGAAAUGAACUCAACCACUUUAAACUCUGAUUCAAAUGGAUUAUUAGUUAAUUAAUUCUGUGAAAAGAGGUUUUAAAAAUUCUGUCCCUGUUAAGUACAUAAUGAAUACAUCACACUCUGAAAAUCUCUAGAAUCUGGUUAAAUGGUUUACGGAACAAUUUUAACAGUUGCCUGGAAGGAAACAUGUCCCUUAUGUAAUUAUUUGUUUUCUGUAAACUGAAUAAUGACAAUUGCUUUAAAGCAGUAUAAAAUGAGUUUAGCCAGAUGCUGAAUUUUUUUUUAUAUAAAAAAGCAAAGUACUGCAAUAAAAACAGAUAAUUGAUGUCAAACAUUAGUGAUGUAAAGAUUUUGCCUAGCCUAAGUAUUCCAGAAUUGUCUAUAAUUUUACGCAAGUCUCGACAAAAUGAAACUGUUAGAAUGGCACAACUUUUUUUCUUCUGAACAUUUUUGUUAAAAUUAUUCUCAUUAGAUAAUGUAAGGAUAUUUCUUAAGGAGUGAAAGGUAAUAAAUUGCA